AUGAGCGCAUCUGCUGGCCGAAGCAAGAUCCGAAAAGGGAAUACAAAGCCCGAGGAUCUUGACCUGAGCAAGCUGAAAAAGUCCCUUGAGGAUGCUGAAGAAGCAAAUGAAAAUGACCCCCAAGCCAUAUUCGAUAUCUACGUCUAUGAUGACAGCUCCGGCAAAGCUAAAAUGGAUAAAUUCGUCACUCUGGGAAGUUUCAAAAAUGUCCAGGGCACGAAAUUGUCAGAUAUUCGUGCGAUGCUGAAUAACGAGAAUGGGUUGAGUGCCAGGCUGUAUGGAUCCCCCUUCUGCAACAAAGUUGGGGCUGUUGCGAAUGAGGACUUGCCUUUCACUGAGUAUAUCAAGUCGCUCGAUAGGGGUGGAACGAAGAGCGAGGAGAAGAAGGAGGAGAAGAAGAAGAAGGAGACUGACAAGCAGGGAUAUUCUACUCAAAUUCCCGGCGCAGAUGAACCAGUGGAAGAAUCACAGACAUAUGCUGUCUAUUUCAAAUCUCGCGCUUUGACUUCGGAGAUGAACGAUGUGACCAAACAGUUUCUGAAAGAGAAGCUAGAGCUUGAGUUGCGAAAAGCAGAAAUCAGUAAGGCCGACAAACCAGACAUCCUGACCAGCUCGUACGAUCACAAAAGCUUUAUGGCUGGAGCGGAAACUUUUGCAAGUCAUCCCACCGACAUGACCCAAGGACAAUGGAAUACCGUCUUGGAAACCAAUUCCCUUCUGCAUGCAAGUUACGUUAGGCUGUUGCGUAAGGGCACCGUUUGCAAAGUCGAACGAGCCAUGUAUCCAGCGUUCCAGUUGAGACCCCGUCUGUUCCUUGACUUCAAUGCUUCAAAGGACGAUAAAGACAUCGUUAUUCCAGCUAGGCAUUUGUUCAUCCCUCGUUAUCGAGUUGAAGAUGACUCUUAUGUCGAGGUGUCUGAGAAUAAAUCCUCUGUAGCAUCGGCCAUUGCCUCUAGUUCUUUGUCUGAGACUGCUGCUGAAGUUGCUGUUGGUGGAGGGGCCUUCGGUUACAGCGCCGGGGCAAAGGGUGGCUUCAAGGCAGAAGAGAAGGGAUCUGAAAGUAAGGCUACUAGUGAAGAAACAAGACAUAUGACCAUCACGUACAAUUUCCCUCGUGUUGUCCUUCAACUUGAUGAAGAAAGCCUGGAACUCACCGAAGAAUGCGCGAAUGCUCUCCCCCAUGUUACAGACAUGGCAUCUCUCACGGCUUUCAAAGCCAGAUACGGAACCUUCUUCGCCACCCGCGUUGAACUGGGUGGUCGACUACACGCAACGGAAGACUCAGCCGCCCUGGGAAAUGCCAGCGUAUCUGAGAAAUCUAAAGCAAUGAAGGCUGCUGCCAGCUUGAGCUUUUCCUCGUCAUGGGCCCAAGGCUCGGCUAGUACUAGCUCUGCUUCGUCGGCUGCAAAGAAGACCGAGGAUAGAGAUAGUUCGUUGAACGUGAGCAUGACGUGGGAGGCUAAGGGUGGCGAUACCUUGCUUUGCAAUAAGUAUAUUGUCUCCUCCAUUGAAGAAGUGGGCGAAGCUGAUGAUUAUGAAAGUCCCCCAGCUUGGUGUUCCACUGUGGCUUCCUUUUAUAACUGGCGAGUGGUCAAGCAAAACAAACAGCAAGAAAACCUCCUGUCAAUCGAGGAUAUUAUAACUAAAAUUCCUGGACACGAAGAUGUCAAAAGCAAGUUCUCGAGAAUUAUAGAAGGCGAAAAAGCAAAACAGCGGGUUGUAAGUAAAGGUACUAUCCAAGUCCGUUUCCGGGAGAUGGAGACCGGCCAUUACCUUGCCCUUGAGUCACAGCCCAGCAUGGCAAUAUCUGAACUAAUAGCCAAUUUCGUCCCUUUCAUGGGAUGCUCCACUGCUGCGAUAAACUGGGCGAGGGAGAAUCAGAAACAAUGGCGUCGAGUUAUUCUGCAACCGGAGCCAAAUGUUUUCAAUCUGCACGGUAUGGUCGCCACCACCAAUAGCAAAGGACGUGUUCUUGCUGGCGGUGCAUAUACACUUUGUAACAUGGAAAACACCUUUUUAGAAGGUACACCGUUUGGUCCAUCAUACCAAAUCUCCCACAUGCACGAGGGAGCCAAAGAAACGGCGUGGGUUUUCACUAUAAAACCGCAGGACUCGUUGCAGGAGGCACAAUCUGAUUUAGAGCCGGGGGCUAAAGUUGAGUUCAGA